UGGACCAUUAUGGCGGCGGUAGCGGGAGCCUCCGCGCGGCUGCGGCGAUACGUGGUGGCCCCGGCGGGGCAACAUAGCGCCUCUCUGAUCAUGCUGCACGGUUCAGGUGAUUCUGGCCAAAGAUUCAGAGAAUGGAUCAACCAAGUUUUAAAUCACGACUUAGUUUUUCAGCACAUAAAAAUUAUUUAUCCAACUGCUCCUUCGAGAAAGUUCAUCGCAGCAAUGUUAUCUGUUUGCAAUUUCUUCAUGGAUUAAGGCCAUAUACACCGAUGAAUGGAGGACUCUCCAAUGUGUGGUUUGACAGAUAUAAAAUAUCAAAUGAUUGCCCAGAACACCUU